CAGAGACAGAGACAGAGACAGAGACAGAGACAGAGAGACAGAGACCAGAGACAGAGAGACAGAGACAGAGAGACAGAGACAGAGAGACAGAGACAGAGAGACAGAGACAGAGAGACAGAGACAGAGAGACAGAGACAGAGAGACAGAGACAGAGACAGAGACAGAGACAGAGACAGAGACAGAGACAGAGACAGAGAC